AUGAUCCUUAUCUCUAAGGCGUUAAUCAUGAAUGCGGCACAACAGUCGUUCAAUUCUUUGCUCCAAGCAUAUCUUUCCCAAACCCCGCAAAUGGAUCAAAAUGUCGAUAAAAGACGGAUUGAAGUGUUAUUGCAAAUAAACACCAUACUUUUAUAUAAGUGUAUUGGCUUGCAGCAGUUUAUAUUGAACCAACAAAAUACCAGUUUACCUGAUUAUCCAGCACGCAAAGAAUUAUACAAUAAUUAUUUGAAGAGAAUACAUUACAAUUUAUCUUGUCUCGCAUCAAUUAAUGACAUUUAUUCUAGUAAUCCAUCAUCUAAAAGAAAUUAUGUUUUACCACAAAUAGUAUACCCACCUCAGGAAUGCCCCGAAUUAUACGAUCAUUAUAAAACUCUAAACCAACUCUACCCAGAGGCAAUUCCAUUUUAUCAAAAGAAGAUUUCACUUGCCAGACAACAACAACAACAACAACAACAACAACAAGAGCGGCAACAGCAAGGUACCACUAAUGGUUUUCCACAAUUCAAUUUGGGAAUAAACCCAUAUAUGCAAGGUAAUGGAGUGAAGAAGCCAUACACACAGCAAAAUAAUGUUUUACAAACGCAGCAUGUAUCCCAACAGGUACAAUCACCAAAUAAUGUCAUAUCUACUAGCAACGUGGCCAGCAACAUGAGUACCGAGUGGGGACAAAGAAAACCGUCUGCUGGAUUUCAAGAGCCAAUAGUAUCACAACCUUUCAAUAUUACCUCAAAUUUUAAUCAUGUAAAUGGGAAUAGAAACGAUUUUACUUUCCAAAAGGAACAACAGCAACAGCAGCAACGAAAUUUCACUAUGGAACAACCACAAAGGAGAUCAUCCAAUAAUACGUCACAUUCUAUGACUCCACAAAUGACACCACAAGCUAUCCUUCAACAAGGCAUGGCUUCUAAUCACUCGACCACACCUAAUCAGCAGAUGCAUCAGAGCCAAGGUUUGAAUCCAAUACUGAGUCCAGAGCAAAUAUUGUCGAGGGUGCAGCAAACUGGACAAAUGGGACAACAGCAGAUAAAGAAUGCAUAUAAUAACCCACAACACACGUCACAGCAAUUUAUGAGCCAGGUGUCCUCAAAUACUCAAAACUCCAAUUUUAAUCAAAUGGACUCUAACUUCAUGAGUGGUUGGUAA